GACUCACCCGCUCCACCCACUCAAGCGCACGACAGUCAUGCUUUGUGCAGCAGCAGCUAAAUUAAUUUACGGCAGUGUGGCAACGUCGAGGAAGUGGGUGCGAGUCGAAGAAAAAAAAAAGAACUGUGUUGCUUUUCUUGAGCUGUGUACUAGUUUCGCUAUAAUACUACAUGUGUGGGUCAGUCACUGGCACUCCACACCACGAAAUAGGGGAAAAUUAAGAAGAAUUCACUAUCGUCGGAGUUUUGUGAGAUUUGGAAAUCUUAGCUUGCUAGCUACAUUGCUAGCCAAACUAAACAUUAAAGCUUUGCUAGCUAGUUGGAGAAGCGACGCCUGUCCACCGCGGGUUAAAGUGACACAACCUACCCAAAAGCGCAAUGCUGGUGACCGUAUUCUGCGCUCCGAGGGACCGCCCGGAAAUAACAUUUUCCUUGGACGUGUCACCUGAGCUCGAAGUGAGGGACUUUGUGGCUCUGUGUGAAUUAGAAUCUGGAAUACCGGCUGCGGAAAUACAGAUAUCCUACGCAGAACAGCCCUUGCAGGACCCCACCCGUGCCCUUGGGACGUACGGGCUGAAGGACGGGGACGUGGUGGUGCUCCGGCAGGCAGAACGACGGGCGCCGCCGCCCCAGCCCUCUUUCCCAGGCCUCCCCCGCAUAGACUUCAGCUCCAUCGCGGUCCCGGGCACCUCCUCGGGGCGUCGGCCCCCCUCGCAACAGCAGAGACAAAGCCAAAAUACGCAAGAGCGGCAGCAGCAGCAGCAGCCACAGCAGCCGGAGCAAGCUCCUGUCCCUCCCCCGCCCCCUUCUCUUACAGGCUCCGCCUCCUCUCCGCAGGGAUUGGAUGACCCCGCUCUGCUCCGAGAGAUGCUGCUGGCUAAUCCACACGAACUGUCGCUACUGAAGGAGAGGAAUCCCCCAUUGGCUGAAGCCCUGCUGAGCGGAGACUUGGAGCGCUUCACCAAAGUGCUGCUGGAGCAGCAGCAGGAGCGAGCGCGCAGAGAGCAGGAGAGGAUCCGGCUGCUCACUGCUGAUCCCUUCGACCUGGAGGCCCAGGCCAAGAUAGAGGAGGACAUCAGGCAGCACAACAUCGAGGAGAACAUGACCAUCGCCAUGGAGGAGGCCCCCGAGAGCUUCGGCCAGGUGGUCAUGCUCUACAUCAACUGCAAGGUCAACGGCCACCCCGUCAAGGCCUUCGUCGACUCAGGGGCCCAGAUGACGAUCAUGAGCCAGGCGUGUGCGGAGCGAUGCAACAUCAUGCGUCUGGUGGAUCGGCGCUGGGCGGGCAUCGCCAAGGGCGUGGGCACCCAGAAAAUCAUCGGCAGGGUGCAUCUAGCCCAGGUCCAGAUUGAGGGGGACUUCCUGCCCUGCUCCUUCUCCAUCCUAGAGGACCAGCCCAUGGACAUGCUGCUGGGGCUGGACAUGCUGAAGAGACACCAGUGUUCCAUCGACCUGAAGAAGAGCGUGCUCCUCAUCGGCACCACGGGCUCGGAGACGCGCUUCCUGCCGGAGGCGGAGCUUCCCGAGUGCGCCCGGCUGGCCUACGGGGCGGACAGCCGCGAGGACACGCAGCCCGAGGAGAUCGCCGACCGCGAGCUGGCCGAGGCGCUGCAGAGAUCCGUGCAGGAGAGCGAGCAGCAGUGAUGCAUGUGGACAGACAGCUGGAGAGGGGGCCGCUGAGCAGAUACUGAAGAUGGACAAACUACCUCACCACCAGUCCAACCGUGCCCUCUAUCCCCCCCUUCUGACAAAACCUCCCUCCUGCCCUCCCCUUCCCCCGGCCACCCCCAGAGCCCCGCCCUGGACAGGUCUCAGUCUGCCCCCGCCUCUCUGCUCCCCCACCCGCCACAGGGGGCGUCUGCUUCAGGGUCCAGCCAAAGCCAUCCUCCUUCCUAUGGUCUCCCCGGACCUGCACCACCGGUCCCAGCGACCCCGGAGACCCCAGAACCAGAGGCCCCGCCCCAGGCCCCUCCUCCUCCCACAGCAGGCCCCUCCCCCCUACCCCUACCCCUGCCCCCUCCCGCCUCCCUGGACCUCCCCACAUCCGCUCCAAAGGUUUCU